GCAAGCACUUCCUUCGGUAGAUAUUUCUUUAUAGACCAAGCGAUGACAUGGGACAACGCUCGGGCCUACUGCAGGACGUACCACACAGACCUGGCCAGUGUGAGAAACAAAACUGAGAAUGCAAUGAUCCAGGAGGCUGUAGGUGAAAAUAGAGUUUGGAUCGGCCUGCACAGAUACACCUGGAGAUGGUGGUCAGAUGGCACUUACCACUCAUUCGGUUACUGGGCAGAUGGACACCCGGUAAAUAUAACUGAGAGCUGUGCUGCAACUGUGAUCAACGCUACUCACCUUGGAAAGUGGGUGGAAAACAACUGUAACGAAAAACUUCAUUUCAUGUGCCAAAACAAUAAGACGCAGUUGUUUAAUGUUAAGCUGACAGUACUGAAAACCACAAUCGACUUGAAUGUCCCUGCUGUGACCAACGCCAUCUUGAAUCAGAUCAAGGAGAAGCUGAUGGAGGAGGGGAUUACACGAGAUUUCAAAAUUUUCUGGAUAAAGAAGCCGGGCAAAAACAUCUUCCACAAAAAAGAGGAGAAUGCAGACGUUUAAUAUCUAAACCUUGUUUACUGAUACACCAUUGUACCAUUCACCUAUUUAUGACCGUAUAUCAAACUAUUAAAAUGUACUUAUUUAGUUUUUAAGGUUGAUAUUUUAGGUUUAAAUAUCACUCAAUAUAAGAGCAAUUUUAGAGCACCAGAAAUAAUAUUAGUCUCAUUUUAAGCUGACUUGGAGCUGAAUUCAAUUCAUAUGCUGUGGAAAACUAUUUAUACAGUACUGGGUUGAAAACAUUUUAGAAAGUAGAGUGUGUUGACUGCCUAUAUCAAGGAAAGAAGUAGAUUCAACAUUAUGUUUUCAUGUUUACAUUAUGUGAUAUUUAUACAUGGUUAUUUGUAUUGUUGUGUAUAUGUGAUAUGUUGUUGGAUGUAAAUUAUGGGUCUGUGUUUGUCAUGGAUGGAUUACUAUACGGUCCUACCAUUGUGUCAAAUGUACACAUACCUGUAAUCAUUACUUUA